AUGUCGUUUGGGGAAAGUGAGUUACGAAAACCCGGAGUUUACCUUAGUCUAAUAGCUGCAUGGAAUGUCGAAGGAAAAACGGUGGCAGGUGGAAAUUAUGAUCAUGAUCUUGAUAAAUUCGAUUGUGCAUGCUGUAGCAAAGGACUUGUGAACCCAAAUGAAAUGACUUUUCCUCAAUACGGCCACCUUCGAAGGCCAAAUGGAAUAUGUAUUGAUAUUAACGAUAAGGAUGCACUUUAUGUUAUCGAUUCGAGAACUGAAGUAUUGGUGAAAUACAAAAAUGGUUCUUUACAAGGAGAGAUCGUUGUAAGUGGUGGAAAGAGCCAUGGUACAAAUGAAUUAUCGUCACCUCAAUAUGUCACUGUUGAUCCAAAAGAUGGAACAUUAUUUAUCAGUGAUUGGUCUAAGGAACAAAUCUACUGCAAAAGACACAACAAUAAUAAUUCUUAUAAAAUAAAAUUGAACUAUAGUCCUCGUGGUCUAGCUCUAAGCGAAGACCACUUGUUUGUCGCAGAUAAUUACCAGUGUGUUUUCCGUUAUGAUAAAAAUGGUCAAAAUAAAACUCUUGUGGCAGGUCGACAGGAAGAAAGGGGUGAUGGUCUUCAUCAGUUGAAUCAACCUCAGCAAAUCUUUGUCGACGAAAAAGAAAAUGUCUACAUAGCCGAUACGUGGAAUCAUCGAAUAAUGAAGUGGACGAAGAAUGCAGAAGAGGGAGGAGAAGUGGUGGCUGGUGGAAAUGGAUCCGGUUCAAAUUUAAAUCAAUUAAAUGCGCCUCACUCUGUUUUCGUCGAUCGACAGGGAUCUAUUUACAUCGCAGAUAGCAACAAUCAUCGAAUUGUUCGAUGGCUGAAAGGGGCAAAAAGUGGUGAAAUAAUUGGACCUAGAGGAGGAGGGGGCAAUCUUUCGAAUCAACUUGGUCUUGUCCAUGAUUUGGCUUUUGAUCAUAAGGGAAAUUUGUACGUUUCUGAUUCGAGCAAUCAUCGAGUGCAAAUGUUUUCUCUUAUUUAA